AUGACAGAAAAUCAAAGCAAUGAGAAUUCUUCACUCGAUUCAUUAAUCGCUGAGGCUGCAGCGUAUGGGGAUGAGAAGGCCCUGGAUUGUCCGUGCGUAGCCCACUUGAAGAGCGGGCUGUGUGGGUCCCAAUUUUCGGAGGCCUUUGUGUGUUUUCUCAAGAGCACGACCGAGGAGAAAGGGUCCGACUGCGUGCACCCUUUCGUGGCACUGCAGAACUGCAUCAACGCCAAUCCUGAUGCAUUUUCUAAAGAUGUUGUGGAGGAUGAUGUAGUUGAGGAGAAGGCGGAAUCACACUACAAACUCCGUCCCCCAUUGUGGUCCGUGGAAACCAAAUCUCCUAAGGAGUAG